AUGGCGGAGAGAAGUGGUCCAGAUACGUUUCUGGAGGGAGCGAAAUAUGGAUUAGAAAAAGUUGGAAAAGCAAAUAUUACACUCAAACCGAAACAAGAAGAGAGCCUCAAAAUAAUCGCUUUGACGCAAAAAGAUGUUUUAGCCGUUCUCCCAACUGGUUACGGAAAAUCGUUAAUAUAUCAAAUAAUGCCACCCUUGAUGGAUUAUAUGGAUUCUGGCCAGAGACCAACCCAAAAUAAGUCUAUUCAGUAUUGUCUUGGUGGUGUCACCGCUCAAUGCCUUGAUAAGGGAUCAGGUAACAAAGUUAAAGCAGAGUGGUCUGAAAGCAGGCGGUGUGCGCACUACGACUGCGAUGCAUUGUGGAUUCAAAAUUUUCAAGAUGGCGGCGAAGGUCGAGAAAUUUCGCAGGUUAUAUGCUUUAUUUUUCAAUAG